GUCGGUCUACGUCAGCAGGGCUGCACUCCGCGCGUCUGAGUCAGUGCCGUGGAUUAAAACGCGCCCAGCCAUUCAGUCCCCCGGGUUUCACCGCAUGAACUGAAUGGCUCUCCUUGCGUCUCUUACCUUUUGUUUCCUUGUCUGACUGCGAUCGAGAGACGGCUGUGGAAAUGGGAUGCGAUGCCGAGAGCACCCAGCUAGGAUGUUAACGGGAGGCCCCGAAUUAUGCUGAACUUUGAAAGUAAUGCCCAAGGAUGCUAAACCGGCUGGCAAGGCUUCAUUGUUCGGAGGAGCCCAAGUCAUUUGUGCUUUUAUUCCUCAGCUCGUAUCGUGUUGCUUUGUCUCUAAUUUGCCACGCGAGUCAGACGGUUCCCUGUGGCGUGCCUGUCACCUGGAGUCGGACUCAGUGAAGAUGAGCCUGCAUGGUACCUCCGGAGGCUGUGACCGCUCCAGAGACCAUCGCCGCUCCAGCGACCGCUCUCGCGACUCAUCUCAUGAGCGGAGUGAUGGCCAGCUCACCCCCUGCAUCAGGAAUGUCACCUCGCCCACACGGCAGCACAACAUCGAUCGUGAGCGGGACCCCAGCGCCUCAUCGCGGCCCAGCAGCCCCCGGCUCCAGAGGGCCUCUCCCAACAGCUCCAGCAGCAGCGGUGUGAUGAGCAGCCGCACCAGCAGCCUGUCCAGCAGCGAAGGCACCUGCAAGGGCCUGACCUCUGGCCUGGGCACUGGAGAGAUGGUGUACAUCUACGACACUGCCAAAGAGGGAGCCCGCAGUAUGAGGACCCCUGAGAGGGUCACACUCAUUGUGGACAACACGCGCUUUGUGGUGGACCCCUCCAUCUUCACAGCGCAGCCCAAUACCAUGCUGGGCAGAAUGUUUGGGUCUGGAAGGGAGCACAAUUUUACACGCCCUAAUGAGAAGGGGGAGUUUGAGGUCGCCGAGGGAAUCAGCUCCACUGUGUUCAGAGCUAUUUUGGAUUACUACAAAUCUGGGAUAAUCCGUUGCCCCGAUGGAAUCUCCAUUCCGGAGCUGAGAGAGGCAUGUGACUAUCUCUGCAUCUCCUUUGACUACAGCACCAUUAAGUGCAGAGACCUCAGUGCACUCAUGCAUGAGCUCUCGAACGAUGGGGCGCGCCGACAGUUCGAGUUCUACCUGGAGGAGAUGAUUCUGCCGCUGAUGGUGGCCAGCGCGCAGAGCGGGGAGCGCGAGUGUCACAUCGUGGUGCUGACGGACGACGACGUGGUGGACUGGGACGAGGAGUACCCGCCGCAGAUGGGGGAGGAGUACUCCCAGAUAAUAUACAGUACGAAGCUGUACAGGUUCUUCAAGUACAUUGAGAAUCGGGAUGUUGCCAAAUCGGUUUUAAAGGAGAGAGGACUGAAGAAAAUACGAUUAGGCAUUGAAGGUUACCCCACGUACAAAGAGAAGGUGAAGAGGCGCCCGGGUGGGCGUCCCGAGGUCAUCUACAACUACGUGCAGCGGCCUUUCAUCCGCAUGUCCUGGGAAAAGGAGGAGGGCAAGAGCCGGCACGUGGACUUCCAGUGCGUCAAGAGCAAGUCCAUCACCAACCUGGCGGCGGCUGCCGCGGACAUUCCUCAGGACCAGCUGGUGGUCAUGCACCCGGGGCCCCAGGUGGACGAGCUGGACAUCCUCCCCAGCCACCCGCCACCUGGCAACAGCUACAGCAGCACCAACGAGCCAGACCCUGAUGCCCCCUCGCCAGCUGUGUGAGAGCAGCAACCUGCCUGGUCGCACAGCAUGCUACAGCCAGGGGCAAGAGCGGCGCAGGAACCGUGAUGCCUUGGCCCCUCCUCCACAGCCUUACAGCCUCCAGGACCUGAGGAAUGCAGGGCAAAGGACACUAGAAGGUGCAAACCUUGUCUUUUUUGCUGUUUUCUACUUGACCAAAGGAUUUAUUUUCUAUCAGGUGUUUGGAGAUGUGCUUGAGCACUUCUUUUUUUGAAAUUGGGUGAUAUGUUGUUAUUGUUCCCUGUUUGAGUUUGGGAUUUUGUAUUGUGUUUGCCUUCUCCCUGUACUGGUGUGAUAUGGCAGGUGGAGACAGUAACCAUAGAAACAGAGCACUUGUGGAGCCUGUCUGAGAUACAAGGCCCCAGGUUACAGGCUCUUUAUUACCAUUCACUUCUACUUCACUCAAUGUCCCUCCUAGCCUUAUUUGUGACACAUAGUGGGAAUGGGGCAUCACCAGCCUGGCCUGUCAGUUUGAUGCUAUGUUUUUCACUAGCCAGGGCUAUUCAGCAGGUCGUGGAUAGUUCCUGUGGUCAGGAUACUUUUGUU